GACGAGGGGAGGUGGACAGGGGAUCUAGACCCUGCCCCGCCCCUGGCGGCGCGUCUGGCUUCCAGGCUCCUGAGAUGUGAUUGGCGGGUCUCUGCAGAGAGUGACGCGAUUGGCCUCCUAACGGCGGUUGAGAUUUGAACUCCACCUUUGUGGCUUUGCCCGCGCGGCGCCUGGCUCAGAGGCGGGUCUUUGCCUCCGCCUGCCGGGGAUUGGCCGGUUUCUCUGCCCGCUUGAGUGCUGCGGUGCUGAUUGGUGCGUAUUGUGCAGUCCGUGUUUUUUCCUUCAUUUCGGCCCCACGUCCUGAGUCGGAGGAGCGGCGGGUGAAGUUCUUUUCUGAGCCCUGUGAGCCAGUGGGAGAAAGAUGUGUCCCCAGCUGUAUGAGUUCCAUCUGCCUUUAGCCCCAGAGGAGUUGUUGAAAAGUGGAGGAGUGAAUCAGUAUGUAGUGCAAGAGGUACUGUCCAUCCGACAUCUUCCAGCACAGCUUAGAGCAUUUCAGGCUGCCUUCCGAGCUCAGGGGCCCCUGGCAAUGCUGGAGCACUUUGAUACUGUCUACAGCAUUCUACAUCACUUUCGAAGUAUAGAUCCUGGCCUCAAGGAAGAUACUCUGGAAUUCCUGAUGAAAGUGGUAUCCCGUCAUUCCCAGGAACUUCCCACUGUCCUGGAUGAUGCAGCUCUGAGUGUGUCAGAUAGGAGCGCCCACCUAAAUGCCCUGAAAAUGAACUGCUAUGCUCUGAUACGCCUCGUGGAAUCCUUUGAGACCAUGAGCAGCCAGACAAGCCUCAUGGACCUGGACCUUGGGAAGGGGAAGAAAACCCGGGCCAAGGCCGCCCACGGCUUUGACUGGGAAGAAGAGAGGCAACCAAUUCUUCAGCUUCUAACACAGCUGCUCCAGCUGGACAUUCGUCACCUGUGGAACCACUCAAUAAUUGAAGAGGAAUUUGUCAGUUUGGUUACUGGCUGCUGCUACCGCCUCCUGGAGAACCCCACCAUUAGUCACCAGAAGAACCGCCCCACCCGGGAAGCUAUAACACGCCUGCUUGGUGUCGCCUUGACACGUUAUAAUCAUAUGCUCAGUGCCACUGUGAAGAUCAUCCAGAUGCUGCAGCACUUUGAACACCUGGCACCAGUACUGGUGGCGGCUGUGAGUCUGUGGGCAACUGAUUAUGGAAUGAAGAGCAUCGUGGGAGAGAUUGUAAGAGAGAUUGGACAGAAGUGUCCCCAGGAGCUGAGUCGGGACCCCUCAGGGGCAAAGGGCUUUGCAGCUUUUCUGACAGAACUAGCAGAACACAUCCCAGCCAUCCUGAUGUCCAGCAUGUGCAUUUUGCUGGAUCAUCUGGAUGGAGAGAGUUACAUGAUGCGCAAUGCUGUGCUGGCAGCUAUGGCGGAGAUGGUCCUGCAGGUUCUGAAUGGUGAUCAACUGGAGGAAGCAGCCCGAGACACCAGAGACCAGUUCUUGGACACCUUGCAAGCCCAUGGCCACGACGUCAACUCCUUUGUGCGGAGCCGUGUUUUGCAGCUCUUUACCCGAAUCGUCCAGCAGAAGGCUCUCCCCUUGACACGUUUCCAAGCAGUGGUGGCCCUAGCAGUGGGACGUCUGGCAGACAAGUCAGUGCUAGUAUGUAAAAAUGCCAUUCAGCUGCUGGCCAGUUUUCUUGCCAAUAAUCCCUUUUCCUGCAAGCUUAGUGACACUGACCUUGCUGGACCACUGCAGAAGGAAACCCAGAAAUUACAAGAGAUGAGGGCCCAGAGGCGAACUGCAGCUGCUUCUGCAGUGCUGGACCCAGAGGAGGAGUGGGAAGCCAUGCUGCCAGAGUUGAGGUCUACCCUGCAGCAGCUGCUAAAGCUUCCCCAGGAAGAAGAGGAGAUUCCUGUGGUGAUUGCUAGUACAGAGACCACCGAAGACGUGAAAGAACACAUCCAUCAGUUGCUUGCCAAGGCUAGUUACAAGCAGGCCAUCAUUCUCACUCGAGAAGCCAUAGGCCACUUCCAGGAGUCUGAGCCUUUCAGUCAUGUGGACCCAGAGGAGUCAGAGGAGACCAGGUUCCUAAAUCUCUUGGGGACUAUCUUCAAAGGCCCAGCAACUUCCACACAGGAGAAUGCCCAGGGUUCUGCAGGGAACAUGGGCCCAGGACAGACAGACAGUAAAGACAAGCCCAGUGUGUCAGAGCCCGUGAAAUCCAGGGGAAGCGAUGAGCUGGUGAAGCAGGAGAUGCUGGUGCAGUAUCUGCAGGACGCCUACAGCUUCUCUCUGAAGAUUACAGAGGCCAUUAGCAUCAUCAGCAAGAUGAUGUAUGAAAACACAACUACAGUGGUGCAGGAGGUGAUUGAAUUCUUUGUGAUGGUGUUCCAAUUUGGGGUACCUCAGGCCCUGUUCGGGGUGCGCCGCAUGCUCCCUCUCAUCUGGUCUAAGGAGCCUGGCAUCCGGGAAGCUGUGCUUAAUGCCUACCGCCAGCUUUACCUCAGCCCCAGAGGGGACUCUGUCAGAGCCAAAGCCCAGACUUUGAUUCAGAAUCUCUCUUUGCUACUAGUGGAUGCCUCAGUUGGGACUAUCCAGUGUCUUGAGGAAAUUCUCUGUGAGUUUGUGCAGAAGGAUGAAUUGAAACCGGCAGUGACCCAGCUGCUGUGGGAGCGGGCGACCGAGAAGGUCCCCUGCUCUCCUCUGGAGCGCUGUUCCUCUGUCAUGCUUCUUGGGAUGAUGGCACGAGGAAAACCAGAAAUCGUGGGAAGCAACUUAGACACACUGGUGAGCAUAGGACUGGAUGAGAAGUUUCCACAGGACUACAGGUUGGCCCAGCAGGUGUGCCAUGCCAUUGCUAACAUCUCUGACAGGAGAAAGCCUUCUCUGAGCAAACGUCACCCUCCCUUCCGGCUGCCUCAGCAACAUAGGUUGUUUGAGCGACUGCAAGAGGUGGUCACAAAAGGCUUUGUCCACCCAGACCCACUCUGGAUCCCAUUCAAAGAGGUGGCAGUGACCCUCAUUUACCAGCUGGCAGAGGGCCCUGAGGUGAUCUGUGCCCAGAUAUUGCAGGGCUGUGCGAAGCAGGCCCUGGAGAAGCUGGGGGAGAAGAGCGCCACCCAGGAGGUCCCAAAGGACACCCCCAUGCUCCCCACUUUCCUGUUGAUGAACCUGCUGUCCCUGGCUGGAGAUGUGGCUCUGCAGCAGCUGGUGCACUUGGAACAGGCAGUGAGCGGGGAGCUCUGUCGGCGCCGGGUUCUUCGGGAAGAGCAGGAGCAGAAGACUAAGGAUCCAAAGGAGAAGAACACAAGCUCUGACACCACCAUAGAGGAGGAGAUGGGGCUGGCGGGCGCUGCCGCUGAUGAUCCAGAGGCAGAACUCAUCCGCAGCAUCUGUGAGAAGGAGCUGUUAGAUGGCAAACAGAUCCUGGCUGCCUUUGUUCCACUUCUGCUUAAAGUCUGCAACAACCCGGGCCUCUACAGCAACCCAGAGCUCUCUGCAGCCGCUUCACUUGCCCUUGGCAAGUUCUGCAUGAUCAGUGCCACUUUCUGCGACUCCCAGCUUCGCCUGCUGUUCACCAUGCUGGAAAAGUCCUCGCUCCCCAUUGUCCGGUCUAACCUCAUGGUUGCUGCUGGGGAUCUGGCCAUCCGCUUCCCUAACCUGGUGGACCCCUGGACACCUCAUCUGUAUGCUCGGCUCCGGGACCCAGCUCAGCAAGUGCGGAGAACAGCAGGGCUGGUGAUGACCCACCUGAUUCUAAAGGACAUGGUAAAGGUGAAGGGGCAAGUGAGCGAGAUGGCUGUGCUGCUCAUCGACCCCGCGCCUCAGAUCGCUGCCCUGGCCAAGAACUUCUUCAAUGAGCUUUCCCACAAGGGCAAUGCGAUCUAUAAUCUCCUUCCAGAUAUCAUCAGCCGCCUGUCAGACCCUGAGGGAGGGGUGGAGGAAGAGCCUUUCCACACCAUCAUGAAGCAGCUCCUCUCCUACAUCACCAAGGACAAGCAGACGGAGAGCCUGGUGGAGAAGUUGUGUCAGCGCUUCCGCACUGCCCGGACCGAGCGGCAGUAUCGGGACCUGGCCUACUGUGUGUCACAGCUGCCCCUCACAGAGCGAGGCCUCCGCAGGAUGCUGGACAAUUUUGACUGCUUUGGGGACAAACUGUCGGAUGAGUCCAUCUUUAGUGCUUUUUUGUCAGUUGUGGGCAAACUGCGACGCGGAACCAAGCCCGAGGGCAAGGCUGUAAUAGAUGAAUUUGAGCAGAAGCUUCGGGUCUGCCACACCAGAGGGCUGGAUGCGGUGGAAGACCUUGAGGUUGGCCAGGGGGGUAGCCAGAGAGCCCCAUCAGCCAAGAAACCAUCCACUGUCUCCAAGCGGCACCAGCGUCUGGCUUCUGCAGCCUCAUCAGACGGUGACUUUGUCACUCCUGAGCCCCACCGCACUGCCCGUCGGCAUCCAAACACCCAACAGCGAGUUUCGAAAAAGAAACCCAGAAUUGUCUUCUCGAGUGAUGAGUCCAGCGAGGAAGAGCUGUCAGCAGAGAUGACGGAAGACGAGACACCCAAGAAAACAACCCCCAUCCGCCGAGCACCUCCUCGAAGGCACAGGCCCUAGGAAGUCAUCUUGCCUGUUCCUGUCCCUGCUGUGCGGGGUAUCUUAUGAAGUGAACUUGAAUUCCGCUCCCUUGUAAAAUACCGUUUUGCCUGUCCUCUUGUCUUUUUAAUAUAGAAUGGUCUUUAUGAUGUAAAGCAUUUCUCUUAAACUGGCCUUACUGAACUGAAUUGAGCUGCUUUCAUUGGACUCUAUGUCUGCCAGUCUCCUUGUUUCCUAAUGAAUAAAUGUUUUUUAUAUACUUUUA